AAUAUAUUAAGUUAAACAUCUUGUUCCGGGUUUGGUAACUUUAUAUUAACUAUAGAAUUGUGCGUCUUAUUUUGUUAUUCUUUGGAUGCUGGUAACAUGUGGAACAUCAACCAUCCUUUCAUCCUAGUUACUGCUUUUGUAUUACUUAUUAGUUGCAAACAUGCAAUAUUCCAUGAGAUAAAGGAAUGGAAAGCAUGUUACUUCGCUAGUUCUUGUCUAUGCAAAAACGCUCCAGAUUCAGGAAAUCUUAUAGCGGAUUGUUCAGGAAAAGAUCUACUUCGUAUACCUAAGCUACCACACAAUCUUCAGAACUUGUUUCUCCAAAACAAUAAUAUCAGUAGAAUAGAAGAUGGGAUUUUUGAAGACAGUUCUUUACUAAAAACUUUGGAUUUGUCUUUUAAUAGAAUAAGCCAUUUAAGAAAAAUCUCGUUCAAAGGACUCCAAAAUUUGAUCUCGUUGAAUCUCAGCAAUAAUGAUUUGAAAUAUGAAAAUAAGUCGUUUGAAAUUUCAGCUUUUUAUUUUCUGGAGAACUUGAAAAGCUUGAAUUUAAAAGGAAAUGUCAACACCUCAUUUGUGCCAGAUUUAUGGAAACUUCGGUCACUAGAAUUACUGUCAAUAGAUUAUGUUGCAGACAAAAUUGCAAUUCUCGAUGAGAAAUUUUCAAAUUUAAAAAAACUAACAGGUAUAGAUCUAUCUGGUAUUACAGGAAAUUGCAAAAUGACUAUACUAACAGAGAAAACAUUUUUGUUCUUGCCUCAAAUAACUCAUUUAAAUUUAUCCAAAUGCAAGAUACAACAUAUUUUCAAAGGAACGUUUGAGAUAUUAAGAAAUAUAUUCGAACUUGAUGUGUCUUUAAAUACAUGUUUGAGAUUCGAAACGCUUGAAAAUAUAACCACUGAUUUGCAACACUCGGCAGUUAAAAUCCUUAAAGUAAACAAUAUUCAUAGUAUUUUCGGAAUGCCUACAGUACUGAAAACUUCUCAAAUUUGGAAUUUAAAAAAUACAUCACUUGUAAGAUUCGAAGCCGCUGGAAACCGUAUUCAGAGAAUAGAAUCCGAUGCAGUACGAUAUUGGCCUCAGUCCUUAACAAGUGUGGAUGUAGGCGACAACAUUUUUUCUUUCGGAGAAUAUGUGCUUAAUCUUAAGGAUCUGCCAAUUACAUCACUAGAAAUUUCGGAUAAUUUUUCUCCUCAUGAUGUGUUCGACUCCUACGUAGAGGAAUGUCCUCUUAGAGACGAGACUGUUACAAUUAAUUCAAUAAACAACUUGUUUUUUGAUGAAAUUCCAUUGUUUGAAAAGUGGAAAAAUAAAUCUGCAUUUGUUCCUGUGCCAGGAAAACUGAAAAAAGUUUUAUUUAGGUCCAACUACCUGAAAUAUGAAAUACCCAAAUUAGGUUUCAUUGCAAAUGAGUUAAAAUAUUUAAGUCUAAGUGAUAAUGUCUUGCAUACAUGGACAGGUCCAGUAACGAAUAUAAAAAAAUUGACUGAUUUAGACCUCUCGGCAAACUUUUGUUCUAAUAUUUCAAAGAAAUUUUUCAGUCCAGAUUUCAUCAAUUUAAGAUGCUUACUGCUUCAAAACAAUCUUUUAGGUCUCGUUCUACCAACGGAUGUCGACGGAGAAAUAUUUCAGAACCUCUAUAACGUCAAGUACAUUAAUCUUUCAAAAAAUAAAAUAGCAAAUAUACCAAAUCUUUUAUUUAAAGAGCAACACAAUUUAGAAAGAUUAGACCUCAGUGAAAAUAUGAUUGAUGGUAUCAACUUUAAAAUAUCUCAUAUGAGAAAUCUCAUGUUUUUGAAUGUAAGGAAUAAUAGAAUAUCAACACUGAGUCAGUAUGCCAUGAACGAGUUGGACUCGAUUGCCAAAGAGAAUAAAAAUCUCACUAUUGAUCUCGGUGGAAAUAAUCUUGUAUGCAAUUGUGAUUCUCUGUCUUUCGUCAAAUGGAUAGUAAACACACCAACUAAUUUUCAUCUUUUGGAGAAAUACGAAUGUAAAACAUCAAAAAACACCAUCAGUCUUUUUCGAAACCCAAGAGAAGUUUACGAAACCAUACAAAAGGAAUGUAUGUCAUAUGAAGGUUUAAUAAUUGGAGUAACGACAGGAAUAUUUAUGUUUAUUUUUAUUCUUUGUGGUGGUAUUGUUUACAGAUACAGAUGGAAACUACGCUAUCUUUACUACAUGGUCAAGGUCAAAUGGCAUGACCCCGAACAUAAAUCAGACAACAAAGAUGAACGACUAUACAUGUAUGAUGCUUUCGUGUCAUAUGCAAAUGCGGAUGACACAUUUGUCCACCACAAACUUCUCAAUAAUCUAGAGAAACAUGGUGGAAUUCAGUUGUGCUUGCAUAGGCGGAAUUUCCUACCCGGAAAUGACAUCGCCACUAAUAUCACAUCCGCAAUUCAUAACAGUCGGAAAACUAUUGUCAUAAUGUCUGCAAAUUAUUUAGCUUCGUACUGGUGUAUGUUCGAAUAUAAUAUGGCUAAAAUGGAGAGUAUCUAUGAACGCAAUUGUGAGAACAUCCUUUUCCUAGUAUUUUACGAGCAAAUGUCUGCUUGCGAUCUUCCACUUAAAGUACUGGAACUGGUUCAUUGUCAAUCAUAUAUUGAGUAUCCAAAUGAUGAGUACGGCGAUGUUGUCUUUUGGGAACAGCUUCAAAAGACAAUCAAAUCCUAAAUGUAAAUAUGUUCAUCUUUUUUAAAUAUGUUCAUCUUUUCUAUGUUUGACGCUACGUAUCGUUAAUUAUAUACAAGGACUUCCGGCAUGCAUUUGGCUUAUUAAGUGUGUUACAUUAGAUGUUUUGUCAACAAUAUGUAAUAAGUUUAAAGGUUCUUCUGAAAUAGAUCAACUAUUAUUGCUUUAGCAAAUAUGAAUUACGGAUUUCCUUUUCUAGAAAGUUAACCAUUUGUGUUAUAAUUUCGCCAUACUAACCAAAUAUAUGUUUUUAAAACGUAAUAUACAGAGUGCUCUAAAGAACCGCGUAGAGUUUAAAUUAGAAUAAGAGACUAACCAAACUUUCGUUUUUCUCCAUCAUAUAUGUUGGUUAUAUAUGAUGAUUUCAUUUGUUCAAAACAAUUAGGCAGAUAUUAAAAUAAGUUUGUAUAUCACGUGAACCACCUGCUGUGCUAUAUACUAGAUGAAUCUUAGUAUAAUAACAAGAUAUCUACAGUAUGACCUACUGACGCUUGAUUACAAAUUAUGAAUGUACUUUUAUUGGUAUUGUUUUAUUGAUUAUUUUUUAUAGCAAUGUAUGAUGUAUAAAUGUAUAUUAAUGCCCGGUAAAAAUAUGGACAUACCAUCCUAUGCCUAGAGUGAAGUGACAGUUGACAAGCAGUCUUCACGUUAGAUAAAUCUUAUAGAACUGGUAUUUGAAAAUUGGUGGAAAAUAGAAUGAAAUUUUUAAUUAUUAAAAAGAGCUAUGCGUUAAAUAAUGAUAUUAUAAAAGGAAAAGCGUAUUUUCAAGAAUUUGUAAUUCUAAUUUUAGCAUACUUUUGUUUUGAUUGUUUUGAAUCGUUUAUUAUCUUGAUUGUUUAAUUUCUUUCUUACUCCAAUGAUGUUUGAAAUAGGUACCAAUGCAGAGAUUUGUUGUGUUUUUAUUGUUUUUUUAACGUCUUAUUUUGUCUAAAAUGUGACAUUGUAAAAAAAACAUUAGUAUUUUCUUACAAUUGAAGUAUAAAAUAUUCAAUAUUUUUAUGUUAAAAAUAUUAUGAAAACCAACACUUUUAUUUCAAUACAUGUACUUUUCUUAGACAGCAGAACUUUAUGAUUUAAAAUGUGAAGUUACAAAAUAUUGUAUUGCUGUACCAGUAUCGAUCAAUCGUUUUGUAUCAAAGAUAUCCCUAUUUUAGAUUUUCCGUUGGGAGCGAUUUUUUUUACCAAAAAAAAAAAAACAACACAGUGUGGUAAAUUUUAAUUAGUUCUUUUACCUUUAACCAGCAAAAUUCGUUACACCUGACUAAAGUAAGUUAGCAGUUAAAAGUCGAUACGUUUUCUUUUAAGAUAUGUUACCAUUUUCGAAAACAAUUAUCACCAGCUAUAACUGUAGAAGGUAUGAAUGACCAUGUAUAGAUGUGUUUUUAUUUUUGUUUUAUGAUCAUUUACCAAAAGCUGUUUUGUUAAACAUUUACCUUAUAACUAUUCCUUCAGUUUAAUUCAUGUAUAGAUUAAAACAAUACGUAAUACGAUACCAAUGCAAAGGAUAUUUUAGAGUAACAAAGGAAUAAUUUGAAUGCGUAUUUAAUUUGACGAAUAAUGGAACAAUUGUUAACAUGUUAAUCGAUAAUGGAAUAAUAUAAUAUAGCAAUAACAAUCGUUUUUGAAAAAGAUAAGAUAUUUUGUGAAAAGUAUAGAUUAAAUAUUAGUAGGAUAAUAGUUGUAUGGAGUGGAGAAGUCGGUUUAAAAAUUUUCUAUAUUGGGAUAUUUUGCCACUUAUGAUUGGGUGAUACAAUCGGAAACAUCUUUCAUAAUACAUAUUCAGUAAUGUUUGAAAUGUGUGCAAGUGGAUCAGGAAGACACCUAUUCUCCUAUUUAUUUCCGUUGUCUUUAAAUAAAGACCCUAAUGUAUACAAUGCUUUUUUAAUUGUUUUAUUUCUCAAACUGAAAGGGAAGAUGAAGUGCCACUGUUAUAAAGAACGCCAUGAAUUUAAAAGUAAAUAAGUUAUUUCUUCCAGUUGCAUAUGAUAAACCUUGAUAUAUCCAAAGCUGUCAACAUGACUCAAGACCCAUAUAAUAAACGUAUUUACGCUUUUUGGUAUUCAGCUGAAUUUUGUCCCCGAAUGACCGUAGAUCUAUUUCCGAAUAACCUUCUGACGUCAAGAAACAAUCACUUUUUAAGUGUGACGUCAAAUGUUUUGAAUUGUGAUGUCAAAGUUUACGGGAACCUGUAUGAUUUUACGUAAUGGCGGACAAAUUUGCAUACAAGUGUAAAUACGUCUAUUUAGAAUAUUUAGAUGGUGUUUACUAAAUUUGUUAUAUACUUUUUCCAAUAGGUAGUAACCCUAAGCAAAAUUAUUAUUUAGAAAACGUUGGUGACUCUUAAAAAAAUGUGCAUGUAUUGUGUGUGUUUCCAGGACAUGUGAGAUUUUUUUUUAAUUAUCAGCAAUCACCUUGGUUUACAGUUGAAAUUUGACAGCAGGAAAGUUAUACUUUAUUGAACAUCCAUUUGCAGACUAGCACUUCAGAUAAUAUGGAUAAUACAUAAGUUGUUUGGUAUAAACUAUUUCAAAUGGCUUGCAUUUUCUUGUUGAAGUACAACAAAACUAGAUAACGUAAAAUUUUGAGGUAUGUAUUUCUGCUAGUUCUAAACUGUUCACAAAAAAAGCUGUCUUUGAAAAAUAUUUAAGUCUUCCGUAUUUCCUAAUGUUAAACAACUAAUUUUAACAAGUUCAUAUUAUAUAUAUAUAUAUCUGUAACAUUAUCUUAUUAUCAUGUAUGCUCAUGUUACAUAAAAUAUAACAUACAUUUG